AUGACGAUCUCAUCAAAAUCACUCUCUAAGGUUGUAAUAAUGCUCAUACUUGUUUCUUUCAAUCUCAAUGUCAGUAUGAUUGAUGGUCAAGUUGAUUUUCCUCAACGUUAUAAGGUUUAUGUGACAAUGCAAAACAAACUGCCGGAUAUGCAGCAGCUUGGUAUUCAAUGCAAGGAUAGAACUCACGAUUUAGGGUUCCAAGUUGUUCCAGCUGGUCUAAGUUGGACUUUCUAUUUCAAUCCAGGAUUUAUUAACACAGCUUUGUUCUUCUGUACCUUUAAUUGGUAUGAGGGGGGAGAUGUACAUCGCUUUGAUAUUUAUGAUGCUGACCGUGAUGGUGGUGUAUGCGACCAGUGUACUUGGGACAUCCACAAUUACGGUCCAUGUAGGGUUACGGGCAAGGGUGCUCCUAAAUGUUUUCCUUGGAAGAACUAA